AUGUCUUCUUCCCCUUCACUCUCAGAUCAUUCUCUCCCCCUGUCACCCGAGCCUGAAGUAGGUCAUGAUUCAAGAGAUCGAAAUCAAGCUCUAGAAGACAGCCAAGAACCUCCUGCAGCACUCAACCCUAGAGCAGAUAUGGAUGAUGUCUCAGAUAACGAGUCCAUCCUCUCCGAUGUCGACGAAGCCCAAUUCGAAGACUUCGAUCCUAAUCAGAUUGCCAUCGAAGAACGUCCCGCCAUAGCCGUUGAUGAAGAGAAUGUUAAACUCCUAGGUCGGCACAAGCGUAAGCGAGAUGGGGAGGCGGAUGGAGAGGGAGGCAAGAAGAAGAAAAAGGAGGGAAAGAGAGAAAAGCCAAAGAAAUUAAGAAAAAAGCAGGACAGUGACGAUGAUUUCAGUGGUGGGCAGGAGAUGGAGGGGAAGAGAAUCCGCAAGAAGAAGGCAUUCACAGAGAGUGGGGAGAAGGUGCGAAAAGAGAAGCCAAAGGUUAGGAGAGCGACACCCGAAAAUGAGGAGGCAAUGGAUCCCGAGGAGCGACGUCGACGUGCCCUUGACAGAGCUAUGGAUGCUGCCCUCAAGAACCCAACCAAGCGACGCCGCAGGGCAGGCGAAAUGGACCUCAAUAGCUUUGCCGAUGAGGAAAUUGCCAACCUCCGCAACCGCAUGGCCGAAGCCGCCGAACUCGAUGUCACAGCCCGCAACUCCACCCCCCCAAAACCAGCCAUGCACAAGCUCCGUCUCCUCCCCGAAGUGACCGCGCUCCUCAACCGCAACAGUCGUGAGGUGGAAAACGCCAUCGUCGACCCUGAGAACAACCUUCUCGAAUCCGUCCGCUUCUUCCUCGAGCCCCUCUCCGACGGCUCCCUACCGGCCUACAACAUCCAGCGCGAGCUUUUCGCCAGCUUGGCAAGACUGCCGAUCGAUAAAGAAAGCCUGAUAUCCAGCGGCAUCGGCAAGGUAGUCCUCUUUUACACCAAAUCUAAAAAGCCCGAGCUCUCCAUCAAACGCGCCGCAGAGCGUCUUUUGGGAGAAUGGACUCGCCCGAUUCUCAAACGAAGUGAUGAUUACCGCAAGCGUGUCCUCGCGUCCGCAGACUAUGAUCCCACUGCCCCCCGCCAAAAGCAAUCCCAGCCCCUGUCGGCGGUUGAGACGGCAAGCCAAGCUAGGGAGAGGGCUUUGGCGCCGCCUAAAACGAACAACAGAGCUAGAGUGGAAGUCGAUAGGAAGACUUAUACUAUUGUGCCAAGGAGCGGACAGGUGGCUGGAGGCAUGUUUGCGAGACCGUUGGGCGCGAGUGGUGAGGACGCUUUCAGGAGAAUGAAGGCGAGGCAGGCUGCGGCGGCUGGAAAAGGGCCCAGGCGGUAG